UGUGUGUGUGUGUGUGUGUGAGAGGGGUUUGAUCAUUUACCUGUGAUUGGGAAACAGAAGCAGAACCUUGGAGCGAGCUCAGAGAUCACCAGCAUGGAGAAGAUUACAGGUACUCUGGCUCUGGCUGUGUUUGCUGCCGCUCUCGGCUCUCUGCAGUAUGGAUAUGGGAUCGGAGUCAUAAACGCUCCACAGGAGGUCAUCGUAGGGCACUACGCCCGCUCCCUCGGUUUUCCCGUUGAAGUGCGCCAUGGUGAAGACGGUAACGUAACGACGCACCACGCCCAGCCCCACCCGGCCGACUCCGCCCUCACCAUGUACUGGUCCUUAUCGGUGGCCAUGUUUCCUGUGGGUGGAAUCGUCUCGUCCUUCCUGGUGGGAUUCGUCGCUGAUUUCAGAGGAAGGGUGAAGGGAAUGCUGGUGCUGAACGUGCUGGCUGUGGUUUCCAGUCUCCUGAUGGGUUUUGCUAAAAUGGGAAGUCCUCACAUCAUGGUGAUCACCGGUCGAACCAUCAUGGGCUUUUACUGCGGUCUCUCCUCUGGACUGGUUCCCAUGUACAUUGGUGAAAUCGCCCCGGUGAAAUACAGAGGAGCUUUAGGAACACUGCACCAACUCGCCGUGGUAACGGGCAUCCUCAUCAGCCAGGUUUUGGGGCUGGACUUCCUGUUGGGGAACGAUGAGAUGUGGCACGUGUUGUUGGGUUUAUCAGGAGUGAUCGCAGUGCUGCAGAGUUUAUUAUUACCGUUCUGUCCCGAGAGUCCGAGAUACCUCUACAUCACACUCGGCAAGACUGAGGAGGCCUGCAAGAGUCUGAAGCGGCUGAAAGGCGAGUACGACACCUCGAAGGACGUCGCCGAAAUGCAGGCGGAGAAAGAGGAGGCCAUGAAGGAAGCCAAGAUUUCCAUUAGGAGGCUUUUAAAAGCGAAAGCGUAUCGACAGCAGCUGCUGGUGGCUCUGAUGCUGCACCUCUCUCAACAGUUCUCAGGAAUCAACGCUAUAUUUUAUUACUCCACGGCUAUUUUCUACAGAGCCGGAGUAGCUCAGCCGGUGUACGCCACCAUCGGCGUGGGGGCUGUGAACACGGUCCUGACCCUCGUCUCGGUGUUGCUGGUGGACCGGGCUGGUAGAAGAACGUUGAUGCUGAUUGGUUUGAGUGGAAUGUGCUGCUGUGCGGUGGGAAUGACGAUAGGACUCGUUUACCAGAACACGUACUCAUGGAUGAGCUACGUGAGCAUGGUGGCCAUCUUCCUGUUCGUGUGCUUUUUUGAGAUCGGACCGGGUCCCAUCCCCUGGUUCAUCGUGGCCGAACUGUUCAGUCAGGGGCCGCGCCCUGCCGCCAUCACCCUCGCUGGCUUCUGCAACUGGACCAGCAACUUCGUGGUUGGCAUGUGUUUCCCCUACAUAGAGCAACUACUUGACAUGUACGUCUUCAUCAUUUUCGUGGUUUUCCUCUUCGGCUUCACCGUCUUCACGUGGUUACGAGUCCCUGAGACUAAAGGAAAGACCUUCGAGGAAAUCGCGGCUCUGUUUCAGAAGAAGCGACCGGCGGCGGCGUCCCAGACGGCAGCCGAGACGGAACUGGAGCAGCUGAAGGGUGCGACUGAAGCCUGAGAGCUGGUCUGGUCAGAUACACACGACCGGAACGUGACUUUGUACUGAAUUUGGGUUCAUAGUGCUACAGAGACCUGAAAAAAAACACUGGUGCUAAAACCAGAGCCAACACCAACGUACCCCCUCCUGAUGGGUACAGCGGAGCUGAAUGGAACCUGUUACCUCCAUCACAGGACUUGCUUUGAGAUGUUUGACCUGAAAUGCUUUUAUUUUGAUGUGAUUUGACAGUUUUACUGAUUUUACAGUGACCUCCAGUAAGAGUUAAAAUGUGUCUCAGUAAAGAUCGACUGGCACAAGAUGCCAAGAUGCCUCA